AUGGCUGCUUCGGCGGCAACGGCGAGUUCUUCCCCCGGUUUGUGUCCGAAUUACGCCGUGAUUUGCUCCUUCCUCGAGCGGUACGGGGCGUUGCUGGACUUACCGGAGCUUACUUUUCCGCAGCUGGAAAGAUAUUUGCAGGACACAUCCUCAGUUCCCAAGCUGCUGGUUGAUCUUCACGUCAAGUUGCUGAGGAAGAUCGGCAAGUCGGUGUCGGCAGACAGAUGGGAGAAGUAUCUAGUCAAGGCAUGCCAAGAGUUCAACACAACAUGGGCAUGGGAACUGGAACAGAAAGGAUACAAGGAGAUGACGAUGGAGUGCAAGACGGGGAUACUUAAACAUUUGUGUGAGUGUCAGUUUGACGAAAAUGUCAAGUUCAAAACUGCCAUCAAUGAGGAGGACCCGGAUAAAAUGCGGCUGCAGCCGAUUGGCCGGGACAAAGACGGCCAGAUGUACUGGUUUCAGCUGGACCAAGACAACAAUGUGCGUGUUUAUGUGGAGGAGCAGGACGACUUAGACGGGUCAUCGUGGAAGUGCAUCGUCAGAGAUAGAAACGACUUGGCUGAGGUUGUGGCUCUGCUGAAGACGCAGAUCGAUCCCGAGCUGUUUAAAAAGGACGAACAAAAACGGGAAACCAAACCUGAGAGUGACGAGGACGAUGAAAAAACAGAAGAUGAAGACAACAAGGACUCCAGCAAGGCUGCCUGCCCGGUCUCACCAAAGACGGAGAACAAUGAGAAAGUAACACAGAAGGAAAACUUGAAACCAGAAGCUUCUGAGGCCAAAUCAUCCCUGAAUGGCAUCAUCGAAGGCAAACCUGAAGCAGAACUCCAUUCAGAAAACACGAGUACAAAAGCCCAGGCCAUCAAAGAAGAGCCAAUGGAGGUGUCAGACACUAAUACAAGCACAGCAACGAGUGAACCCGCCCCUGAAACACCAUCUAUAUCACUAAAGGUAGAAAAGGGAGAGGAGGCCAAGAGGAACAGUGCCGAGGAGAUUCAACAGGCUCUGAAGAAUGACCAGCAGGCCAAAAUCCCUUUGAAAAAACGAGGGAUGAAGUUUAGCGAAGACUUUGAAAAAAACAGUGGUAUUAUAGUGCAGAAUCCAUCUGUUUCUCAGGGCAAGGAUGCUCCUAAAGCUGACGCGGCUCCUGAGCAGACAAAGAAACCAGAGAGUGUAAACGAUCAUGUUAAUGGUGAAAUUCAGCCUUCGCCAGAGAAAGGUCUACAGAGUCAUUUGAGCGAGCCGCUGAAAGACGCCGCCGUCGACAAAGAGCAGACGACCGAACCAGUCACAGGUAAAUCUGUAGGAGCGAGAGAAAGUGACUCGCCAUCGGAAGACAAAGGGGAUUCGAAAGAUAAAGAUGAAACUUGUGGCGCAAAGAAAAUCACAGAGGCGGUCACGUCGCACCAAGAAGACUCGGAAGAGAAAAAUCUAGCCGUGCAGGUAGAAAAGGGAGUUACUGCAGCAACAGAAGAGAAAGAAGCACACGAGUCUCCCCCACAACCAAAAGCAGAGUCUCCGCCUUCACCUAAAGACGGAAAUAAUGCACUCGAGGCUUCUUCUAAUCAUGAAAAGUCUGAACAAAUAAAAGAGAAACCAGUCGACACAGAAGAGUCUUGUUCUACGGACGAGAAGGCCGCAUUAAAAGAAACUGAUAAAACACUCACAGCCGAUGACUCAGAGAGCCUAAAUUUAAACCAUGAAGUCACAUCCAAAGAAGCUGAAUCAAAAAGUUCAGAGGGAAAAUCAGCCUGUGCAGAUGUGGAUACGCCAGAGUCAAGUCAGACUGAAAAAACUAAGACGUCAGAGGGGACAGAAGAUGUGUCGGACACGAAGCAAACAGAGGCUAGAGGUGAAGACGCUAAAGAAACGGCAACAUCUGAGACUAAUGUAGAAAAAUCAAGUGACUCAGCUCUGAAAGAGGAGUCGGCAGUCAUUAAAACAACAGAGACACAGUCUGCUGGCAAAGAUCCUCCUGAUGACUCUGAAGACACUGCAUCGCCAUCUGUCAUUAAAAAGACAGAAACAGUAAAAGAUGAUACAGAGACCCAAGAAGGCGCCCAAAGUUCUACUGUCAUCAAAAAAACAGACAAACCAUCUGCCUGUGAGAAAUCAGAGGAAACAUCCAACAUUAAAGAGAGCGUGGCGUCGUCUGUUAUUAAAAAGGUAGAGAAAUCAGAAACGUGUAAACCUACCGAGACGGACGAUAGCGUAGACACAGAGAUGACUUCAGAGAAAGACAGUGCAGCCUCAGAAAAACCUGAAAAGACGGAAAAGCCUGAGAACAUAGAGAAGCCUGAAAAGAUGGAAAAGCCUGAGGAUAUAAAGAAAACUGUCAACUGUGAAGACAAUACAAUACGUGAUGUUACCGAGAUAAGCGACUCUGCGUCAGGGCCUAUGGAGGUAGUGGAGGCAGUGGCCGUUAAACAGGAUCUGACAAAGCCAGAAGAGGAUGACAAAACCGAGAUGAACUCUGUUGUACAUAAGACGACAGAGGAAGCAUCUGAAGGGAAAGAUAAACCUUCCAGUCCAACUGAGAAGACGAACGUAUCUGAAGAAACAGAUGAAAAACCCAGCAAAGAGGAGGAAAAGGUGUCUGACAAACCUGAAGCAUUAGAGACAGAACAUCCAUCAUCUGAAAGUAAAAAGGAUGCUGACGAGGGAAGUGAAAAAGACACAGACAGUGACAAACUUACAAAUGACAGUGAGAAACACCCUUGUCCAGACAAAGAAAGUAAAGAGGAUUCUACAAUAGAUAAAGUCUCACAAACCGAAGAAGCAAAGGAGGAGAAACAAGCUCAUAAAGAGAGUGAAACCUCGACCAAAAUGGAGGAAUCAGAUCACCAAAAUGUCAGCAAAGAAGCUGGUGUCGAAUCCUCAGCUGAAACUGAGAAACCAGGCCACACUAACAAGGAAGAGUCCACUGAUAAACCCGCUGAUGAGGAAAGUAAAAGCGAAAAACAAGAGUCUGCGACAAAAAAGGAGGUGGCAAACGGCGGUGAAGCGCCAACGAAUGUUCAGGCGGAGGGUGUUCGUCGGAAAAUGAAGCCCCCAGCCCACAGAAGGAAAGCUGAACUUCAGAGAGAGGAGAGACAAGGGGAUUCGGAGUCCGAUACGAACACAGGGAGAUCUCUUCGAAGAUCCCCAAGGAUCUCCAGACCGACACCAAAGGCGGUAGAGAUCCAAGACAGGAAGAUGGAGAAAUCGCAGGCUGCUCCACCGGCUGAGAAACACGAGGACAACAAGGCAGAGAAAGAAAAAGACGGGGAGGUGGAGGACGAGGAGGAGGAGGUGGUGAAGGCUGUUCAGAAGAAACCAAGAGAGAAAAAGGCAGAUCAGGAGGGUCAGCCCAAAGCCAAGGGGAGAAAGAGACGGAAGAUUCGGUGGUCCAACACUCGAACGCGCCGUAAAAAGAAAGGCUCUGAAGACGAAGAUGAAAACAGCGACGAGGAGUCCAGCGACGAGGAGGAGAGCGAGGAGGAGGAGGAUGACAGCGACGAAGACUACAAGGUUGAGCGGAGCAGAAAGAGGCGGAACCGCAACCGAGAAAGGCGAAGCUCGGACUCCUCGACAUCCUCAGACGACGACCUACCUCCAAACGACGACCCCUGCAAACACUGUGGUCUUCCAAAUCACCCCGAGCUGAUCUUACUGUGUGAUUCGUGUGACAGCGGCUACCACACAGCCUGCCUGAGGCCUCCCCUCAUGAUCAUCCCCGAUGGAGAAUGGUUCUGUCCACCCUGUCAACACAAGCAGCUCUGUGACAAACUAGAAGAGCAACUCCAAAACCUCGACGCCGCUUUGAAAAAGAAGGAACGGGCCGAGAGAAGGAAGGAGCGUCUAAUUUAUGUUGGGAUCAGUGUUGAAAACAUCAUCGCGCCCUCACAGGUGGAGGUAGAGGAGGAAAAGCCAGAGAUCAUAAUCAAAGAGAAGAAAGAGGCAAAGCGCAGUAAGAGCUGGGGUCGAAGGUCAACAAGGGCGAAGAAAACCAUCAGCUACAGAUUUGAUGAAUUUGAUGAGGCGAUCGAGGAGGCAAUUGAGGAAGACAUCAAAGAAGCAGAGGGCGGAGGAGCUGGUCGGGGUAAAGACAUGGCCAACAUCACAGGCCACAGAGGAAAGGAUAUGUCCACCAUCCUUCAGGCGGAGGAGGGUAAGGAGAACGGUCGCCCGCCACGAACCACCUCUGGUCAGCGCAAGAAAAAACGCCGGCGACUCAAUGACCUGGACAGCGACAGCACCGUGGAUGAGGAGGAGAGCGAGGAGGAGUUUCGCCUCAGCGAGAGCUCAGAAGAAGAGUUUGUAGUGUCAGACAAUGAGUCAGAGGGUGAAACAGAGGCGGGCUCCAACGACAGCGACUUCGGCAGCAACAGCAGCGGGAAGCACCAUACUUCUUCGCGCAGCAGGAAGCCACCGACACGACGACGAAGCUCCCGAAAGCGGCGGAGACCAAGAGGGUAUUCAGAUGAUGAAGAGGACGAGACGGAUGAGGACGAUGAUGAAGAUGAAAUAGUGACUGAAGGCUCCAGCGAGUUCAGCGACAGUGAUCUUGACAUGAGUCGACGGCGGUCUCGGCGGAGUCAGAAGAAGCAGGUGAACUACUGCGAGACGUCGGAGUCUGAAGGCUCUCAGGCAGAAACCAACCGGGCGAAGAUGAAACCCAGGCGCCGCUCGGACAGCUCGGAUAGUGACGCGAGUUUCUCCAGAGACUCUGAGGAGGAGUCGAGGGAUCGGAGGGUGAAGAGGAGAGCCGACUCCUCAGAGGAAGACUCGCGGCAGCGGCGCAGACGUCUUGCACUAAAACGCAGGAGAGCAUCUGAAGACGAUGACUCGGACGACUCGUCAGACGACUCGUCGGAGGAGGAUCGUCCCAUCCGUAAACGGGUGAACCGCAUCGACUCGGACGAUGACGACGAGGAAGAGGAGGAGAAACCAAAGGAGAAGAAGGCAGAGGAGGAGUCAAAGGGAACAAAUCCGUUGGACUGCAAUCUGGUGGAGCUACCGCCCACCAAUGGACAGAGCCCGAUAAAAAGCCUCGAGGGCUUCAUCAGCCGGCCUGCUGCUGCUGCUCCAGGCCUCAUCCCGCAUCUGGAACCGCCCAAAAACAUCAGCGCCACACCAGCCGCCGCCAUCCCACCAAACGGCCUGGUUGGCCAGGAGAUGGCAGCGCAGGACGAUGAUGAAGACGACCUGUUAGGAGUCACAGACCUAGUGGACUACGUCUGCAAUAACGAACAAUUGUAAAAACAAAAAUGGUGUACUGUUUCAUUUUUUGUGGUAUUGUAUUUUUAUAUUGCUUAACUUUAUUAUUCCCUCCCCCACCAACACUUCCUUAUUGUCCUUUUUACUUGUGUCAUCUGGAGCUUGAUUCUCAACAAUCUCCGCUACAGUAAGAACUGGAUCUCUUUCACCAGUCUAAUGCUGUCCCUGUGGGAUUGUACAAUAACGAAUAAGGGCACCAAGUUAUCAAGUCUCAUUUGUUUGGUAAUAAUCAGUUUACCUGCAAACCACCCACAUCAUCCAGCUCCACUGCCAAACCACCUCCUUCUAAAAACAUGUCACUCAUCAUUUCUCUUGUUACAUCGUCCUGUUUUCUUUUCUUCUUUUUUUUUUUUUAUACUGUCACGUCCAAGAUUUCUACAAAUUGUGCUCUGUUACCCACAUACAUGUAGGGAAAAUUGGCACUGACGUUGUUUAUUAUGUAGAAAAUAGUUGAAGAUUUGUUUAUUUGAAUGCUAAAUGACCGGGACUUUACGUUAUUUUUGGGAGUAAAGCAAGGCAUUCCAUGAUUGACAUCAAGUGUUCUGGGCAUCAAAAACGAAUCUUAGUUUUACAUUUUAUCCCUCAAAGGUUUGACAUUUUUGAUAAAUACACUUACUGGCUUUCUGGCAGUGAAAGAUGAGAAGACUGAUACCACUUUCAUGUCUGGGUCUUAAACAUGAAGCUACAGCUAGCAGCUGGUUAGCUUCGCUUAGCAAACUGGCUUCUAGCCUGUUAGCUAAGCUAACCAGCUUCAUGUUAGCUAUCUAGACUGAUUUUUAGUUUUGAUUAGAUGCAAGAGAGCAGAAAUAGGUACAUUGGUCACAUGACAUGAUCAUAAUGUGUUUUUGUUGAAUCACUAUUCUUUUUUUUUUUAAUUCUAUAACUAGUAAGCUAGUAACACCCAAAAUAAAUCAGUGAGUGCCACAUUUAAAGUAAUUUCCAGUCAGCUGUCUUUAACAUAAACCAACCGACCUCCUUUUGUUUAUGUUGAUUGAAGCGUAUUUGAGGUUAAUUGUUUUGCAGAGUCCAACAAAGCUGAAGUAUUUUACUAUAUACAAUUUUAACAGGCAGAUAUGAGAGCCGUAUCUACUCAUCUUACUCUUCUCCAGGAAGCAAAUUCCCAAAAUGUCAAACUUUUGUUUUAACCCUUCUUGCUUGUUUUCCUUUAAUUUGCGAAAGAUUUAGAUGAGACUAUUUAUUAAUCUGUUUUGGGGAGAAGACGGAAUGAUCAGGUCCACUUGGAUCACGUUUGAUAAGCUAACCCUUCACACACCCCGGCUGCUAUAUUGCUGGUCAGAUAUUUGUGUGUGUGCUGGUUAUUGUAGAUGGAAAACAAACACAUUAUUCCUAGUUUUCUGCCCUGGAUAUUAAAGUGUUAUGCAUAUAUAUUCAACCCCUUGCAUCAGAUGAAGGUGUGAAUGUAUAUAUGUGACCAACCAGCCGACCAGCCUUCAUUUCUCAGCCCUCCCCAUGAACUUUUUUGUUGAAUGAUAGAGUAGUUUUUGUAUAUUGUAUACAUGUAUAAUUAUUUUAACUAUGUGCGCUGCCAUCAGUAUCUUUGGUGAGCUCCCAGUUUGUUUGGGGAAACAAAAUCAGAAGUAAAACUCUCUUGUCCCUUCUAAUCUCAAGAUCUAGUCUAGCUUCUUCCUAUAACAUUUAUGUUAACUUUUGUGUUUUUGUUUUUUUUUUUAAAUAAUGAUGUAUUUUUUGUAUGUCUUAACAUUUAUUUGUUGUUGUCUCUGUCUGAAAUGUAAAGUGUCUUACUUUCUUUGUGCAUUGUCCUUCACUGAAGGUUCAAAAACCUGCAGACCCCUGGCUUUUAUUAACUAAAAUAACACUCAGUUCCAAAACAACCCUCUUUUAUUUUUAUUUUUAUUUUUAUUCUACUCUGCUGGAUCUUCCUACAUACAAAAUCUGUGUUUUUAUUAAAAUCCUCUAUUUUCAUAAUCUUGGGUUGACGUUUGGGUCAGGUUGCAGUAAACUGCCAACCUUUAAGACCUCAAACCCAGGUCAAGAUUGUGAAAAAUAUACAUCUUUAUGGAAUAAUUAGUUUUGAAGCGUCAGGAUGCAGUUUUUGAAUGGAGGGAAAUGGACGGAAAAAGAAAAACAAACCAAUGACUUCACUGACCUCUGCUGGAACCAGUCUGUGUGUAUAUCUGUAGUUUUUGCUGUAAUAUAUUUAGAGGCAUUUUUUUAAUCAUGGAAAAAUAUAUUGGGCAAUUCUUUGGGAUUGCAUGAGUUUCUAAUAGUUUUCUUUUGUAGGGAACUAAUAUUGGCACAACAUUUUUUGUAACAAAACCAGAAAACUUUGGCAUGUUUUAAGGAUGUCUGUUAUCUCCUGACCUGUUGCAUUAGUGCUGAAGGACUUGUGAAGUAGAUGGUCAUUUGCAGUGAAACUGCAUAGGUAAGCAUGCGCUGACCUACUAAAGGCAUGUUACAGAGGCUCGGGGAGACGGGAACUUAUCGUAGAAAAUAAUCUAGGACAGCUGAAUCUGAUUAAAGAGAGCAAAUGUAAAAUAUUUUGUAAAUUAGUCUCAGCAUGGUCGUCACAGAGGAUAAACCACUCUAUUUAUCAUACUGUUUUGAUACUGGCUGUGGCCAAAAUAUGAAUUCCAAGACAAAACCUAUAUGUGCUGCUUGCAGUGCACACAACAUAGGCUUCUAUACACAAUAUUUAGCAUUUAGAUUAGUUGGACAGAAUAUAGAAACCCAAUUCUACAAAUGUAGUAGAAGUGUGUGUUCUGGUGGGUUGAGUCAGAGUAAAGGAAUGUGGAUGUCUGUAUGCUAUAAGUGACCCUGUUAUAUACUCUCCACAGAGAUAAGGAGAAUGUAUUCAUAUGUAUCUCACGGUUAUGAAAUAACCAGUAGCAAGACCUGCACAGUAACGGAGAGAGGAGUGAAAUAUAGGCUGCGAUGGGGUUAAGAGAGGAAGUCGGUGCCAAUGACUGAAGUGUUAACAGAGUUUCCUAUUUACCUCAUGAUGAAUCUGGGAAGAAAGACACCCUGUCCACUGUGUAUAGACCCUAGUAGACUGGUCGUUGGUGUUUUGUCUGCUCCUUGCCUUUUUGUUAACUUUACUGUUAUUUCUUAUGAAUCUGAUCUUGUACAUUUGUCAUAAUAAAAUGGGUUUUAA